AUGGCAAGCAGAUCUCUCUGUUCUUAUAAUAAUGCAACUUCUCAUAAUCAACAGAACAAAUCCAGUCUUGGGGAAAACAAAAACAGAUCACGUUCUUUUUCCAUUGAAAACAUUUUGGAGUUAGAUCGGAAAAAAGAUGGCACUCCAGCUGCAAAACCUUACAGGCCAUGGAUGGAUAAAGCCAGUGAUUUAGGAGAGGCUUGUAACCCCUGUCUGCAUAUCCCUUCCAUUUCCUAUGCAAUCCCUUUCUUUAAUGCAAGCAGCUACCCAGAAGCAGAAGGAAGAGUUCUGAAAUGUGAAAACUAUUUUGCAAUCAAUGAAAGGCUUUCAUACAAAAGGGAAUUAAGUUGGUACAGAGGUAGGAGGCCGAGGACUGCAUUCACUCGAAACCAGAUUGAAAUACUAGAAAACGUUUUCAGGGUGAAUUCUUAUCCUGGCAUUGAUGUAAGAGAAGAACUAGCUCAGAAACUUGACUUAGAUGAAGACAGGAUUCAGAUUUGGUUCCAGAACCGCCGAGCAAAGCUGAAGAGAUCCCACAGAGAAUCUCAGUUUCUCAUGGUGAAAAACACGUUCUCCCAAAACAUGAUAAAAUAGGAAGAAUCUACAGGAUCUUAUUGCAGCAUCGUGUGAACUGUUCAUAGUCUGUUAUUAAUGUAUUUUCUGAGAAGUUUUGUUGUUACAUGCUGUCAUGUCACUUCCAACUUAAGGUGACCCCAAAGGAGUUUUAAAGAUAUGCAAGAUGCUCAAGGAGGGGUUUAUUACCACUAAUCCCUGGUGAGCUUCUAAUGCCAAGUGAAGAUUUUCACCACGAUCUCCUGAAUCCAAGCUGAAUACUCUAUCCACAACACCACAUUGGCUCUGCUAUUGAAGAAAUAUCAUCUGGUGUGUUUUUUUUGGGGGGGGGGAGGGUUGUUAUUAUUCAACUAGUUCUGAAAUA